AUGACUACAAAAUACGACAACGUGAUUGUCUUUGGUCCAACCGGCGCAGUAGGCAGCGAUGUCGCGCUCGAAGCUAGCAAGCGCGGAGCAAAAGUAUGGCUCGCAAUGAGGGAUCCCAGCAAAUCCAUCUCAACUAUCACUCAAGAACAAGAGUCAAAUGGUUCCUUUGAACGCAUUAAAGCAGAUCUAUCUGACCCGGAAUCUGUCAAACAAGCAGUCCAAAAGUCUGGAGCUAAAGCCGCGUUCUUCUACAUGGUGCAUGGCCUGCCUGACAUGAAGCCCAGCAUUCAAGCCAUCAACGACGGAGGCGCAGAAUACGUCGUGUUUUUGUCUUCGUACACCAUCCAUCCAGAUUUGAAACCUCGUGAAGUCAAACCAGACCAGGUCAUUGCUCAUUUCCAUGCCAAGGUCGAGAUCGCGGUGGAAGAAGUCGGUGUUGCGAGUACGAUGUUACGACCUGGUUUCUUCUCCACGAACGUGCUGGACCAGAACUUGGAUCGAUCGAAAGAGCCGUGGCGGGCAACUAUUUCUGAAUCAGAUGCGAAGUGGGAUUGUAUAUGUCAAGUGGACAUUGGUCGUGUCGGCGGUGCUGUGCUCGUUGAUCGGCCAUCAAACGACCACAAAGAAAUCGUCUAUCUGACGGGACCUCAGCACCUAUCACGAGCAGAAAUGCUCGCUAUAGUCGAAGCUAAAUCAGGCCACAAGAUCGAUAUCAAUCGUCUUGCUGGGGUAGAGUACAGGGACUAUCUGGUCUCAGUCGGCCUGCCAAAGUUCCUUGCGGAUUUCUUUGUGAAGGACGAAGCUUCCUAUGCUGUUACGAGUUACUCGCAGGCACAUAUCAAACAGGCUACGGACAAUAUCAAGAAGUAUUCUGGCUACGAGCCUACUACCUUUGAGGAAUUUGUUGCCAAGAAGUUUUCCUGA